UUGCGAAAGGUUGUCGUCAUGUCGACGGAGAAUUCGUUGGUUGAAAUUCCACGCGGCGAAUGGACUAAACUGCGAGAUUUGUAUGUGGCCAGAGAUACGGAUCCCCAAGGCUAUCCGUGCAUAAAUAAUUUCAUUAAGUGGGUGGAGAUAGACCCGCAAUUGAAGGUCAAUUUCCUAUCGUUGAAUGGCGACUGGCAGAGCGAUGGAACCUUUGUUCUAACGCUACGUUCGGAUACUCAUAUGAACCACAUUUACUUCAACACACUGAGCGAAAAUUUGGAUCGAGUGACGAAAGCGUUAGAAUGCCUCAAGUCCAUUGAGAAUGAAUACGAUUUCUUUGGGUUUUCUACGCGAUUGAAACCUGUGGUGGAGUAUAUUGGCAACAAAUAUUAUGCCAACAAGAAGCUGCACACUGUGGAUACCGUUUGGUACGCGGCCAGCAAAGAACUCGUAGAUACAUUUAACAUUCAUCUACAGCACUUGACCAUCGAAGAUGCCGAAAUCAUCAAUGAAAACUGGCCACAUAAUAAACCCGGCUCUAUAGACUUUGUGAGAAGUUUAAUUAAAUAUAAUAUUAAUUUGGGUGCUUAUGACGACAAGGGAAAGUUGGUUGCCUGGUGUCUGCGAUUGCCGAUUGGAUCCCUGGGUCUGCUGCAGGUUCUGGAGUCACAUAAACGCCUUGGUCUCGGCAGCUUGCUGGUGAAGUCGAUGGCUAAGAAGAUUUCCGCAGCGGGAGAUCAAGUUUUGGCGCCAGUAGUAACGAAGAACACCCCCUCGAGGAGCAUGUUCGAGAAACUGGGUUUCCGUGCUAUAGACAAUACAUACUGGGCUGCCUAGCAACUGAGAAGAAGCCAAAAACUAACAUAAAUAUUAUUAAAAUAAAUAUAGUGUAGGAAAUGAUUGGUUUUUUAAUAAUAAAGAAGAGUGAAUCAGCUCAUUCAAUUAUAGCUGAGCACCCAUGAAUUUGAGCUUGAAUU